UCGCCGAACUAAGGCCGUUACCAUCGCCUCUUAUCAUCGGAGGAAAGAUGCAAAACAGGGGCAGCGUUGAGAGAGGAAGAGCAGCGAAGAGAGAAGAGUAUCGACUGCUUUACCCACUCUGCUUUCCACACUUUCCUGAGGCGACCCGAGGGAGGAAUUUCGACGCUACAGUAGCGAGUUAUCCAACGGCGACUUGUCAGCGACGUGCUUGGCCCGGUCGCGCCCUCCUCCAACAGCUCACCAAGCGGCGCCUCUCGCGGGGAAUCAGGCCAGCCGCCCGGGUCUCAGGGUCCCAGACGCUUGACCAGACAAGGACUUCCCUUCCUCGAGCUCAUUUCCUCGGUGUGAGAGGAAAUGGCCCUGGCUAACGUGCCUCCUUCCUAAGAUAAGUCCGGUCAGCUGACCGAUCAAAAGCUGUGGCUGGCCAGACUUCGCGAGGCUAAGUAGAGAUCCCAGGACAAAGGAGACUAGUGUGACUCUAGCUUUUGGAAAGUCACCCUACGUAGUGGAUCAAAUCUGCCCUUUCGCCAUGGUGCGGCAGCCUAGGUCAAAGCUGACCCCAGUUCAGUUUGAUGGCUCCUCCCACGGGGGCUUGAGACUUGUCCCCCACCGCCUUCGCCCAAAUGAAAGUGAUUGAAAUAGCGACAAAUUGGCAAUAUAAAAGUUAAGGUAAUAGAAACACAUUGCAACAAA